AUGAUUUUUGAGUUGUCCCUACAAUCGGUUCUUUCAGCGCCUCCUGGAAAGAAACACCAGUGCCACAUCAGUGGCUUCCUGCAUGGCAAAUACGGUGACUGCAACAGGGAUCACGGCUCGGUCUGCUGUAAAGACGGUCAUCGCUACCCGCAAUUCAGGUGCUCGCCCCCGGUAUCGGCCGACACGCCGGCGAUCCUAACUCUGAACAGCUUCGCACGAGGUGGAGACAGCAGCGGCAAAUCGUUCUGCGACAACCGCUUCCACAAGGACACCGAGCUGGUGGUGGCGCUGUCAACGGGGUGGUUGCGCCUGGACGGCAAGCGCAGGUGCAACAAGAUUAUCCGCAUCAACGGGAACGGGCGUGCCGUGCUGGCCAAGGUCGUCGACGAGUGCGACUCGCUGUACGGCUGCGACGCCGAGCAAAACUUCGAGCCACCGUGCCCAUACAAUAAUGUAGACGCGUCACCGGCCGUGUGGAAGGCGCUGGGGCUCAAGGAGGAGAUUGGAGUGUUCAAGAUCACUUGGUCUGAUGUGUGA